GUAGUGCUGGUAGAGGUUUUUAUGACUUGUUGCUUAGCAACUUUUAUCAACAGCAGCAAAGCACUUUCCCUUUCCUUAACCUUGUUAAAGUUAGGCUUGGUCACCUCUAGCACUCAUCAGCAGAGGAAAAUUAUUUCUAAAGUAAGGUAAAGUUGCUGCUCAGAAUCUAUGAGCUGCAUCCAGGAUGAGCUAUUUCUUCUUAGCUCCUGAAUUGCCUUUGCCCUUUAGUCCUCUCUCUUCUCAAGCUUUUGAAGAAAUCCAACGCCAUGCCGGGGAAGCCUGGAGACGGGAGGCUCAAAGAGAGGCCAACUGUGCAACAACAUAUUCUGCUGGUUAUGGAAAAAAGGAGCUGGCUGAAUCCGCAAGGUGCAGAACCAAACCCUCCUCUCCUACCAGGAUAAAUAGACCUCAUCCACCAGAAGUGUUUAUGGUAAACCAGCUUCAUUAUAUACCUGGAUAUUACAACAGUGAUAAACAAACUGCUGCAGAUGACAAAGGCAAAUACUAUGAACAUCCAGGUUACAGAGAAGAUUCUAAAUAUGUCAGACAACAAGUAGUGUAUCAAAAUAUGUACUCUGGUGCUUCAAAGUCACAUCAGGCAGCUCAGAACUGGAUAAAACAUGCCAGUGAAAAUGAGGGCAGAAAUAUUGAGAAAAUGAAAAAUUUUGCAGCAGAAAGUCAGAAGAUGCAGACUAUACCACACAAGAAACAGCUGAGGUGGAGACCGCGAGGCAAUCUUUUCUCAAACGUAACUGAUUAUGCAGCCAGGGCCAUGGGAAAAAUAGAAGCACCUUUCCUAUAACAUAACCAGUUACCAAUUGACGCAGGAGCAGGAUUAAACACAAGACUGAGAAAGCAUGAUACAGCAUUGUCAUAUUCACUACGAGGUGCUCAAGGAUUAGAAUAUUUGUUCUAGGAAUACAACCAAGAAUUCUCCAGCUAAUUAGAAGUUUAUACCAGGGCUUGAUUUGCACUGAAGAUUGCUUUGAAUAAGAUAAUUCCUUCAUUACAGUGGUUCAGUAUUCUAUUCUAACUUCAUUUCAAAGUGUCAAGCUCUUGUUUUGAUAAGUAGUGCCCUCACCUCCAUGACUCUUGGCAAUUUGUCUGACCUUGGAGCUGUGUAGAUGUUUCCUCUCUCUCCAUCUCUCCUGUGCAUCUGAAUGUCUUAAUGGCAUUAUCGUUUUUUUAUGCUGAUCUUUACAAGACGUUGACAAAACAUACACGCUGUGUUGGAUGACAGAAAAAUUCACAUUAUUUCACCAAAAUGUACUAAAUGGGAAUUAAAGGCCAGAGUCUACCACCUUUACUCACACAAAGUAGCACCUUACUCCACAAUUAGUUCCACUGGUUUCAGUUGGGCUAUCUGUGGAGUCAGAUACUACUCAAUAUGAGUAAGGGUGGCAGAAUCUGGUUGUAAAUGAGAAUUUCAUAGCUCUUAAAGGGAUUAUGAUAAUCUAAUCUGAUCUAAUCUCCUUAUCAUUGACACUAUUUCUUUAUAAAUUACCUAAAGGCUAUCAUGAAUAAUUAGUCAGACUUUUACAAGGAAUGCUAGGAGGGACCUUUAUUAAAUUCUGUGUUGUGGCUGUCACAAGGCUUUCAUUUAUACACCCAACCUACAGUCUGAAGGAUCUCAAAGUACUUUAUAAGGAAAAUCAUACAAGUGAUAUUUAGGGAUCACUACUAAAAUACCUGUGGUGGAACACAGCAACUUUUUAACAGUACACAACAACGCUACACAUUAGCUUUAGGAAAGGAAGUGAAGAAUGCUGUAUUCAAUUAAAAUACAGGGGGAAUAUUUGGAAGGUAGAUAGAAUGUAGUUACAUAAAGUUCCAUUUGGCUAGCAAGUACAGAUUCUAUUUUUGCUCUUACAAUGCCUCAGAAGGUCAAGACCUUGCAUAUAUCUCAGCUGAAAGACAGCACUUUCAGCCGCACAGUAUGCCCCUGAAAAAUAUACUGGCGCAUUGGUCAUUAUUGAAUCAAAAGAAAAAGUGCCACAUCCUGAAUCAUGCAGCACCACUUCAAACAGUAUAUAAGUGCUUUGGAGGUCUCGCAUCCCAGUACUGAGCAGGUCCCACUCUGCUUAGCUUGUGAGAUUAGACAAGAUUCCAACACAAGGCAGUAUGGCUGAAGGCCAAAUAGUCAAUUAUUAAUUUCCUUACAUUUUCCUACUUUUGAUCAAGAAAGACAUAAAAUGUAACAACAACUGGAAUUACAAAAAAAUCGCAGAAUUUUCUCCUAGUUAAAACUGAAUAAAAUGUCUGUCUUACCUUUUUAUGUCUGUUACUUCUGUUGGGAAAACUUCCCUAUCCGCAUUUUUUAAAAAUCCUUAAAGUUAGAUAGAUUAGUUAACAAACCAAUGGAGGGGGAGAGGAAAAAAGAAAAGAAACCAGAGUAUAGCCAACCAUUUUUAAUUAGAGUAUAUUGUACUUCCAAACUGGAUACACUAGAAAUUGGCAAUGCAACAUAAGAUGCAAAAGAAUAUACCAGUUACUGUCAAAAUGACCCUGUACAGCCUUAUAAUGCAAAAAGCUUUAUACAAUACAAAUUUUUAUUAAUGUACACAAACCUUGACAGUGUGAUAUUUGAACAUAAUACAAGUAAAAAAGGACAGGAGAAAGAAAGAAAGUGCUGAGAACUUUAACUGAAUGGAAAAUCAAGUCAACCUUCAUUUAAGAAUGCAUAGUGAAAACGGCUAUGAAAUCAGCUUUGGGGUGGUGGACAUUUAUCAGAACUUUUAGUCUUUAACAGAUCAGAGAUAUCUAUGGAGAACUUCCUUUCCUUAGCUUUGAACUGCAAACCAAUUAUUGUAUAUGCCAGAGCUCUGAUAAGUACUGUAUAUUUUUCUUACCAAAAAUAAAACACCUCCAAAUACAUCUUUUCUCCCUCACUAGAAAGAAGUAAAUGUUUUUUUUUUUUCCCAAAGUGCUAAACAAAGUUGCUCAGUUAUAUCAAACGUUAUUGUAAUUCAAAUAAAGGUUUGGCAGAAAACUUAAACACAGGGGAUUAAUAUGCUGACAGCUUCAUAACACUCAUUCUUGGGUGUUCCAGCUUCUUAUAGUGCAAUUUGGUUUACAGAAAAUAUUCUUUAAACAUUCCUACUUCUUUGCUCUUAUACAUCGGUAGUUUAUUCACUGAUGCACAUGUGGGCUUUUUUCUUUUCUUUUUUUUUUUAAAGUGUCUGCUCUAUUGUAGUAGGGUCAGCCAGAAACACUGGGAAUGUAUUUUUGUAACAGUUGUAUUAACUGAAAUGCAGAUUGCAUAAUUCAGGGGGUAAAGAAACUCACCUUUUAACAGUUCUUAUUCUGAAUGAGUUAUUAAUGGAGAGCCCUACUCGGCACUCUCUGUUUUUGUCAAUACUCUCAAAGAAGGCAAAGAGGGUUUUGAUGAUGUAGGUGCAAUAAUGUGAUAAACAGGGCCUGAAUUGUUUGCCUUGCCUAUUAAUAGAUUUAGACAGAGAUUUAGAACAGAUGACUUAUAUUAAUAGCUUAGCUAGAAUAGCCACAUGCUCACAGGACCAAAAAUAUCUGAUGGAACUUAAACAAUUAGGUGGGAAAUACAUCCUCAUUAUUACUUUACUUUUAAAUUGGUAUAUUACAGCCUGCUAACAUGUUAGGUUCUCCUCAUUCAGUGUUUUCUCAUUGCAGACAGUUUCCAAUAUUUUAACAUGUAUUAAAAGGUGUGGAAACUUACAAAUGAGCUUAAUGACUUAAUGUCUUAGGUCCUGGCUCAGGAAAGCAUUUCACCAUAUGCUUAACUUUAAGUACAACAGAACUUAAGAAUAUGUUAAAAGUUAAAUAUAUGACUAAAAGCCUUCCUUGAACAAGGAAGCUUUUCUGAAUUGGGGCCUUACUUUGGUACAGUCCUAGACAGCAGGCCUGAUUCAGAGCCACUGAAGUUGUUAAGAGUCUCCCCACUGAUUUCAAGGAGAUUUGGAUUAGAUCCGUAACCCUGUGUGUGAGAGGAUGCUUUCAGAUAGGGAAGAUGUGGGGGUAGAAAAUUAAAUCUGAUUAGGGCCACUUCUUUUAAAGCUUGAUUGGGGGAAACCCUGAUGAACACAUGAUGAAACAAAGAUCUAGCCCAAAUGCCAAUACCAUGGAAAACAAUAACACAAUAAGAAAGCAUUCUUGUACAUCCACUAAUUUUAAGAGAGAAAUAAUUGUUAAAGGUUCAAUACUUUAUACUUCAAAUUUCAAUAGAAAGACUCUUUUACUCCUGACCUUUCUGUCUAUUUUGCACUGGAAACUGUUAUCUUAAGAAAUAGAGAUCUAUUAACAGGCAGCCAACAUUUUUUCCUCUCUCUUUAAGAUCACUGUUUGCUUUUUAAGAUUAACAAAGGUUAUACAACCAAUCCACUUUUGCUUCUUACUGCAAUAAAGUGCUACAUAUAAAUUUGUCAUUUUAAUGACCACAAAAUAAGAGCAUUAAAUAAGUAUAAAGUUAGCCUUCUAGCAGUGUACACUCUAUCAGCCAUUAACAAAAAGGAAUAAAAUAGUAUUAAUAACAUGGAGGUUAAUAUUGAUAGGACCACGUAAUUUGCAGAUACAACCAAAAAGCUGAGGGUAUAAAAAGAGAACUGUAUGAUUAAACAGCAUCUUUUCAUAUCUUUCUCUUUCAAAGAAGUUGCCGGU